AUGAGCGAUAGAGAAACGCUUGGCAAUAACGGUGCGGAUGACGACUUGUCGCUUCCAAAAGCGACCGUCACAAAACUUAUUACAGAAAUGUUACCGCCCGAUAUUAACUGUGCCAAGGACACUCGUGAUUUACUAAUAGAUUGUUGUGUCGAAUUUAUUCAUUUGAUCGCUUCUGAAGCGAACGACAUAUGCGAAAAAGACGCUAAAAAAACGAUUGCUGCGGAACAUGUCAUUGAUGCACUCAAAAAUUAUCUUGCCGAUGUACAAGAAGUCUUAAAGGAACACAAAAAACUGCAAAAAGAUCGUGAUAAGAAAAGCUCUAGGUUGGAAAAUUCCGGAAUGACUGAAGAAGAACUAUUGAGGCAACAAGAACUCUUGUUUGCACAGUCACGUCUUAAAUAUCAGGCUCAACAGCAAUCGUAA